AUGUCCAGGUGUCAGGAAUUCGCAAAUUCUUGCCACGGAGACUUCGACGCUUGGUCUACUUCGCGAAACAGCUUUCAAUCCAGCGUGGUCGAUGCGAGCAACUCGGGAGUCAUGCCAGUCACGGAUUCCUACUAUGUUAUGACAGUCACACCGUCGACAUCAUAUGAAUACAACACAAGCUGGAUCGUGAAUCGCUGGACAUCCUCGCUCCUGCAAGGCAGUGGGGGAACAUUGCUUGUUGAUCCGAAAAAGACUCACGCGUUGGUGACCAAGGCCUCCGCGAGUGACACCGGUGCAUAUGGGGAUGCCGUGAACGGCGACACAGCCAUUGUAGCAUUCGAGUCGAUGACAUGGACAGCAUCGAAGGUCUCUCAAAGUGUUCAGUUGGGUCCCAACAUUGUACUCGCCAGCGACACGACAAUGACCACGGCGGGUAAGAGUAUCUGGCUGACUGAUGGAGGAAGAAUUGUCGUCGCAAGCGGCACCUCCCGGACAACGAUUGGGUUCGAGAGCGCUUCUGGCUCGGCCGAGAUGCAAAGUCGGACAGCUAGAGUGACGACGUCUGCCAGCUCUUGGUCAGGAAGCGCUUCGCAAGAAGAUUGUCCAGAUUCGACGAGCUGCAUCUCGGAGAGCGCAGUUGGCAGCAUUGUGGAUGCGGCCACUGCGACUGUCACUGGGGCAGGCACCCGCAGUCGGAUUUGCCGCACAGCGUGGUCAUUGACUGCGGCACUUGGUAGCAUUGUCGCUUUCUUGGGCAUAUGA